UGGUUGUUUUGUGAUCGAUUUCCCCGCAUUUUUCAGUUUAGUUUAUAUGCAUUUGAAGGGCUAAACGAUUUCUUCCCUCAAGCGAGUCCUCGCUCCCCAACCGGUCCCAAGGGGCGGCUAAUUAAAACGCGUCGUCGGACAUUACUCAUACUAAUUGAUAAAAAACCUAGUGAUUUUUCAUUUCGCGAAAAAUAAUUUUAGAACGAUGGGAUUUUUUAAAGAAGGAUCUAGGACGCAGUGAUGGUUUGAUCGGUAUACAACAAUAACCGGCCAUGGUUUCAGGAUAUUUAAGCAUUAUUCUGUCAGCAAAGUUGUCAUAUGUGCGGCUGUGUUGACACAUGUAGUGUAGUGUUUAUUUGUGGGCGGCGCGGGCGCGGACAUGGCGCUGGGCGGCGCGGUGCAGAGCACCAGCAUGCUGGAUCUGCUGUUGGAGGAGAUCAACUUCCAGCGCACAAAGGAGAUGCGCCAGCUCAUGAAGGAUGAGUCUGGUUUCGUGGUUCUCCAAGGCACGACGUACUGGACGGACCUCUUCGUGCGCCACUUCCUCUUCCAAGAGGAGCGCUCGAUCGACUGCGACGACCUUCUGUUCUUCGUGCGCAAGCGGCACGUCAAGGGGUCCUCGCGGUACCUGCCCAAGUAUGAGACGGACGUGGAGGUGUUCCGCAAGGACUCGAAGAAGCUACCCAUCGGCGACCCGGAGAUCGACUGGGAGGAGACCGUGUACCUGAACCUGAUCGUGCACCAGUUCGACUACACGCUGACGCUGGCCGUGUGCACGCGCACCAGCCCCAAAGAACUACAGGUGCUGCGCCGGCACUCGCAGAAGGUAUACGCGUCGCCCAGCCGCCGCAAGAUGGAUACGAAAGGCGAGGGAGAAGAGAUCACCUACCCCCACAUAUGCUUCAUGGUCGAUAACUUCGAUGAGGUAUUCAGCGACAUGGUGGUCCGUGACGGCGAGAUGGUGUGCGUGGAGCUUGUAGCGCGGGGACGCGGCGCGGAUGCUCUGGCGGUGCUGUUCCUCGGCUCCAUCCGCUACGACGCACUGUCCAGGGUCUACGACUCCCGGCAAUCGUCGCUAUCAACGAAGGUAGCGCAGCGCAUGUCAUUCGGGCUGCUGGGGCGGGCGGCGGCGCGCUGCGAGUUCGUGCGCAUGAAGGGGCCUCACGGCAAGGGGCAUGCCGAGAUGGCGGUGGCUCGGCCGAGGGGCGCUGGCGUUGAUACGCCUACGUCCGAGCCUGGGCUGGCGGCUACCGAUCUCUGGGACAGUGAUUGGGAGGAGGAUCCAGAGGAGAUGUUCAUGUAUCGACAUCAGCGACGUCUAAGCGACCCCAGCGCCAACCUGAACAUCUACUCUCGCGGUGGCUGGCGCACCAAGGACGGCAAGGAUAAGAGCCGCUCCGAGAACGAGGGUCUUGACUCGCUGGUCGCCGGCCUCGCCGAGGUGCAGGCCGGGGAUCUGCGCGACGAGCUGGAUGACGGCGCGUACAACCCGCUGUGGGCGAUGCGCGGCUUCACGCAGACGUUCGCGCUGUGGAAGGAGGGCAAGCGCGCCUCGUCCGCGCCGCUGCACGCCUACCUCACCUACGUCACGCUGCCGUGGUGGUGCAUCGCCAAGGAUAUCUUGGACCACCGUGAAGAACCCAUCCUGACGUUCUGAACUGAUCGAAACUGACACCGAUGUUAAGUUACCUGCAUCAAUGAAGGCCCGGUUCUUGAACUUGAUAACUUUCCAAAUAUCAUAGGUGUACUUUUAUAAGAGUGAAUGGGUUCAAAUUUUGCGUCCAUGUCCGCAGAUACAGUCAAGUGUAAAAAUAUGGGUGCACAAAUCAUCUCAUAAAUAUGUCCCAUAGCUCUUAUGUCAGCGAAUUAAGAACUAUGGGACAUAUUUUCGAGUUA